GGCGUCUCAUCCCUCCAGCACUUCUAGAAGAGAGAGGUGAGGUGCACGACAUCAACGUACUUGUGCAGUGGAGGCCAUGAUUCCCUCGUCGUCCAAUCCCUCUCUCUUCGCCGCAAUGCCAUCUGCCGCCAGCCAGUUCCAGGCCACCAGCGGCGUCGGCUUCCUUCCCGUCACCCCGCCAACCGUGCUUCGCCAGCCACUGCAGCACGUGACUGUGACGCCGCCUGCGCUGCAGGUGACCGCCACACUGCCGGUGGGCCAGGUGUCUCACAGCACGGCCUCCUCCUCGUCUCGGCGGCCGCCCAUCUGUCCUACCAUUAACAAAGGGAGCGGCAGUGCAGACAAUAAUGAGAAUAAUGAGAAUGGGAGGAAUGCGGUUCACCGUCGGACGACCACCCCGGUUCACAAGUCGACGUCUCAGUUUCCCCCCACUCCCUCUGUCCGCCAUGAGGAGGACAGCGCCUCGCCCAAGGCCUCGGUGUCCAUCGAGUCGUCGCCUGUGAGGGUGGAGUCGUCACCGGGUCCCGUGCGGUCGUCAUCGGUUCCGCCGCGGCUCUUCUACCCGCAAUUUAUCCCUCCCCUGGCAGCUGGUCAGCAAUACCCCCUGCAGAUGAUGGUGCCCAAUGUCAUGCAGAUGCAGAUGCCCAAUGUCGGCGGCUUUGGCGGCUUUGGCGGCUUUGUGCAGCAACAGCAGCAGCCUGUGGCUCACUCACCUCUGGUGGGGAGGCAGACGCACCAGUGGCCCUACCAUCUCAAUGUCAGCCAGAUUCCUCCUUACUCAACUCUUGGCCCCCCACCUGCACCGUCACAUGGCAUGGGCAUCCCUUCGCGCCACCACUGCACCAACGCCAAUCCGUCCUGCCCACCACUGGUGCGCCGCCGACGAUACGAGACCCCUCCCCCGCCCCCGCCCCCGCCCCCGCGGCACAUCAUCAUGCCUGUCAGUCACUACCCCGUGAAGCGCGGCGUCAAGAUGGAGGACGGGGUGCGUCUGAUCCGGCCUCUCGUGUACGGGAGGGAUGCGGCUGUGCAGUGUCAGCUGCUGGUCGACAGGGAAGGCCUGGGGCAGAAGAAGCUGGGGCAGCAGAAGCAGGGGCAGCAUUUGCAGCAGGGCAUGAAGAAGCUCACGAGCCUCAGCACCGAGCCGAGCUUGCCUGAGGAGGGCGGGGGAGGGGGAGGGGGAGAGUCUACGGCAUUCGCCAUCAGGAACAGGCGGAAGAAAGACGGCGUCGACGGCAUCAACCGCACACCGCCUCCCCCGUACCACAUGCACCACCACAGCAUCAACAACAACCUGCUCUUCUUCCCUCGAGCAGUGACCCCCUCGCCCCCUCUCUACAAACAACAGCAGCAGCAGCAGCAGCAGCAGCCCAUCCGGUUCGACACUCCCCUGGCCUUGCCCAAGAGCCGGCAGAUGCAGUGGACCCCCGAGCUAGGACAGAAAAUCCCCCAGCCGAAGCACUACCCCCCGCCGUCGCCCCCACUGCCCACUGCGAAGGAGAUCGAUGGUGGGGCUGAGAUGGACGUGAAUGUGAAUGUAUUGGAGCCUCCAGACCCGUUGCUGACGGACAGCUAUGUCAAGGGCGGUGUGGGUGUGAGGAAGGGGCUGAAGCGUGUUGACGCCAAGAGGGAGAGGGAGCACAAGGGCCUGGGGGUGCUGGGCAAGGCCAAGAGUGGCGUUGGCGUGAUGAGGAAAGGCAAGGCCGCCGCCGCUGCUGCCGCUGCUGCUGGUGCCGCUGUGCUGGCGAUUAGAGACCAGCCGACAGCAGAGAGUGUCAAAGAGCGACAGCCGCCGAAAGAGACACAGGCACAGCAGGAGGAGUCAGAGGCGUCCCAGGCGCCGAUCCCACUGGCAGUCACCCUCCCGCCCCCCCUGCCCCCUCCUUUGCCUGUGGACAUCAUGCCCAGCACGACCGUCCUCGAGCAGACACGCGGCCUCGUCAAUGAGAUCGAAAACAUCACCCGGCCAAAGACUCCCACACCCAUUUCCGACCGGCCUAGCCUUUCCCUUCACUCGGCCACUCUGCGGCAGUCCAAGUCGUCCGUGUCUGUGGUCAAGGUGCCGCCCUUCGCCACUCCCAUACACCACAUCAGACACCAGACGCCAGACGCCAAGAGUGAGGCAGAGGUGUCCGACAGCUGCAUGUUGGUCAGCAACAACAGAAAGAGGGAGCCGAUCACCAUCCCCCGGCUGUCCCUGCCUGUGAAGGAGCCGCCCCGGGGUAGCAAGAAAUCCACGACCCCCACUGUCUCUCUGACCAUGUCGAUGCCCACCAAUACCAAUGGGCGCCCCAAGCAGCCGAGAAUGGACAAAGACAGAGUGGUCCGCCCACCGCCGCCUGCCUCCAAAUUGAAGGCGCCUUCGGUGAAGGCGCACAUUUCACCUUCGUCCCUGGCGGCUGGGCAGCAGCGGGUGAAAGCUGCCGGGGGUGGUGGUGGUGGUGGUGUGAGGGGCCCGGCUAAGGGCAGCGCCAUAUCUCUGGGCACGUUGAAGGUGCUGUCGCAGCGAUGCUGGUACGCAAAGCCAACAUGAGACACGGGGGACCGUACCAUGCCUUCCUUGAUGUGUCUGUCUGCGUGUCCUGUGUCUGUGUGUCGUGUUAGUCUGUGCAAGGUGCCUGCCGGUGUGGCGGUUCGGCAUCUGGGGGUUGCGGCGGGGGCGGAGGGCGAGAUAAAGAGUUCCGUCGGCCCCGCAGAUUUCAUCACAAUGACCAAGGUGAGGUGACGAAAGGGCCGGCAGAUCUAUGUAUGCAUCUGAAGGCAAUGUGGGUGUGGUGUGGGAUGCAUUUGGUAGGAUUUGCUGAACACAUUGGGUGUGGCCGUGCCCUCCGACGAGGACCUGCUCAGUCAGACACACACUAACUAAGGAAGAGAGAGCAGACAGCAGAGACACUUACUUCUUACAUCCACUGGUCUCUGCUGUGUUGUGUGUCAGGUGUGUUCAAGAUCGUGCACGCGGCUGCUGUUGGCGAGUGCGACCACCCAUCCCACGCGCCACAGCCACAGCCACACCUUUCAUCGACCAAGAGCCUCUCGCCGCUGGAGGCCUCAUGCGUCAUCGCACUGCUAUGUGGCGGACCCAGCGAGACCAAAAUGCGAGGUGGGGUGUGGUGUGGUGUGUGGGGGGUGUAAUCAUUUGACCUUGGUUCUGUGUGUGUGGGUGUGUCGUCAGCGAUUUACGAUUUGUUGGACAGUUCUGCCGAGGGACUGACAGACCAGCAGCUCAGCCAAUUCCUGAGAAUCGGUCGGCACACACAGACACACACACACACGUGUCUGUCUCUUCUUGUGUGUGUCUGUGUAUCUGUGUGUGUGUGCAGUGUUUCGUAUGCUCUUGUCGCCCGACAAGCUGCGCAUCGUCUGUCUCAGACGCCAGCUGCCCAUACAGACGGUCGGCCAGCAGCACACACACCCACACCCCGUCACAUCACACAGAAUGGACAGACACCUGAGCGGCUGUGUGUGGUGUGUGUGGCAAGGCUGAUGAGUUGGCGGGUCUGGUGGCCAAGGAGGCCUUCGGCGAGAUCGACCCCAACAGACAGGGCACCAGGAUGUCAUUCGAAUCGUUCCAGACAUGGUAUGUACUGCCUGGCCAGCCGCCAGCCAGAGACACCACCUCCAGACACACACACGUGUCUGUCUUUAUGAAGGUGCAACAUGCCUGAUGCGGAUGACCACAGCAGCACUACCACCAGCAACAGCAACAGCAGCAGCCAAGCCGCAUCGCCCCCUCCCCCGCCCUCUCGCCCCACCCCACAAGCAGCAGCAGCAGCAGCAGCACCGGCUGUGUCUGUCUGCCCAGGAGCGGCGGGUGAGACACUUGACGCCUUCAUCGAGAAGAAGAGUCUGGGUGAGGCACAGCCGCUGCUGGGGAGUGGUGGUGGUGGUGGUGCUGGGGGUGGGUGAGUGAGAGUGUUCAGGAUGGGAUGAAGGGUGUAGUCUUUGUUUGGUGUGGGUGUGUGUGGACUGAGAUGACGU